AAAGCUUUGAAAGAUGGGACUUGCGCGUAACAUCGUCGGCAUUAUCGGGAAUGUCAUCUCCUUCGGCCUCUUCCUCUCGCCAGUGCCAACAUUUUACCGAAUCCAUAAGAAGAAGGCGGUGGAGGAGUUCCAGCCCUAUCCUUACUUGUUCACGGUUCUGAACUGCCUUUUCUGGAUGUUCUAUGGUCUCCCUUUUGUUAAGAAAGAUAACAUUCUGGUCUUAACCAUCAACAGCAUUGGCCUUGGCAUUGAGUUAAUCUACUUAACCAUAUACUUCAUUUAUGCCAAUGAUCAGAGCAAAAGGCGUCGUAUAGGCAUUUUCCUACUUAUUGAAGUACUUUUCACAGCAGUCAUAGUUGUCAUUGCAAUGUUGGCCUUCAAGUUUAGGCACAGACAUCUUUUUGUUGGAGUCGUAUGUGAUGUGUUUAACAUCAUAAUGUACGCCUCACCUCUUGCCAUCUGGAAAAAAGUCAUCACGACAAAGAGUGUCGAGUACAUGCCAUUCUGGCUCUCAGUUGCCGGGUUAGCUAAUGGGAUCUGUUGGACAAUAUAUGCCCUCAUCAAGCUUGACGUCUUCAUCCUGGUUAGCAAUGGGCUUGGAGCCAUUUUUGGGUUUAUACAGUUGGGUUUAUAUGGUUACUACUACUUCCUUGGAAAGAGCAAAGAUGAUGGAAAGCCAUCAGAGGUUCAGCUUUCUAGUCAGACUGCAGUCUGAAGUUUGCAUUGAGAAGAACAGAGAUAUCAUUGCCAGCUCCA